AAAACACUGCCCUGUUUAAUGGCCAGGUCACAAAACUAAACAGUCGCUGUCAUUACUUAGUUAUAUAAUGUAUUAUUGUAUAUUUAGGGUAUAUAUGGGAACGUUAGUUUUAUGUAUGCAUAUACAUUGAACUGUGCCAAUAGUUACAUGAUGCAAUUAAUUGUUAGCACGACUGGACGUUAGCGCGAUGGCGUCCCUGCAGGCUUCCGUCAUUUUGUGUCAGACAACGCCGUGGUUUGCCCCGGCAUAUCACAGAAUAUCCCCAGUAAUAUAACAUUAUAUCGUCGACACAUGCACUUUGUUUUUCAGUGUAUGGCAUUUUCGAAUAGGUCACAGUAGCAUGCUGAUAUUUUAGGGUGUGGAACAUGCUGAAUACAGGACUUUAGAUGUUAAAGCAGGGUACUUGUUCAAACAUCCUCUCCGAAAGCUCAAGCAAGUCCGCGGUCUGAAGGCCUGCCUGGAAGUCUUCAAGGCUGCAGACAAAUCGUUAAUAACUGAGAGAUGACAGACAGUGCAGGGAUGCAGUUUGUCAGUCCUUUUGCAUUUGAAGCCAUGCAGAAGGUGGACGUGCAGCGCCUGGCAGCCUUAAGUGAUCCUGAGCUGCGGCUGCUGCUUCCCUGCCUGGUGAGGAUGGCUCUGUGUGCCCCAGCAGACCAGAGUCAGUCCUGGGCUCAGGACAAGAAGCUCAUCCUGCGGCUCCUCUCCGGGGUGGAAGCUGUCAACUCAAUUGUAGCACUGCUGUCUGUUGACUUCCAUGCCUUGGAGCAGGAUGCCAGGAAAGAGCAACAGCUCAGGCACAAGGCAGGUGGCUCUAAUGUGGAGAGCAUUCUGGUGUCACAACUGCAGCAUGGUCUCACUCUGGAGUUUGAACACAGCGAUCCUCUCAGGAGACUCCGACUGACCCUCAGUGAGCUUCUGGCCAUCAUGAGUAAAGUGUCAGAUUCAAAAGGAGAGUUCUUUUUGAAGUCCUCAGAACUCUUUGAAAGUCCUGUGUACUUGGAGGAGGUGGCUGAUGUCCUCUGCAUUCUACAAGCAGAGCUGCCUUCCUUGCUGCCAAUAGUAGAUGUAGCUGAGGCUUUGCUGCAUGUCCGCAAUGGAGACUGGUUUCUGUGUCUGCUGGUUGCCAACGUGCCCGACAGCUUCAAUGAAGUGUGCAGAUGUUUGAUCAAGAAUGGAGAGCGUCAGGAUGAAGAAAGUGUUGGUGGUCGACGCAGAACCGAAGCGCUGAGGCAGCUGUGUCAGAUGAACCCCUCGCAAGCACUCAACAUCCGAGCUAUGGUGGUGGAGGAAUGCCAUCUGCCUGGUCUUGGGGUUGCUCUGACUCUAGAUUAUAAACCAGACACAGCAGACGAGGCUGUCAGUCCCCUGGUUUCUUAUGUCAGUGGUUUGCUUCUCGGUACCAACAGCAAAGUCCGCACCUGGUUCAGCAUGUUUAUUCGCAAUGGACAACAGAGAAAGAGAGAAAGCAGCUCAGUGUUGUGGCAGAUGCGCAGGCAGCUGCUGUUGGAGUUGGUCGCCAUCCUGCCUCGCUCGCGCAGCACUCAUGUGGCCAAUGAUGGUGACAUGGAUGAAGAGGGCGGCUCCGGGUACUCCGGCCUCAGGGAGGAGCAUGUGGUGAAGGCAGGGGCUCUGUUGCGACUCUACUGUGCCCUCAUGGGCAUCGCUGGCCUCAGACCGACAGAUGAAGAGGCUGAGCAGCUUCUUCAGCUGAUGACCAGUCGACCUCCAGCCACUCCUGCAGGCGUUCGCUUUGUUUCUUUGUCUUUCUGCAAGCUGCUGGCUUUCCCUACGCUUGUCAGUACUCCAGAACAGGAGCAGCUCAUGGUCAUGUGGCUCAGCUGGAUGAUCAAAGAGGAGGAAUACUUUGAGAGUGCUGCUGGUGUGUCUGCCUCUUUUGGAGAGAUGCUGUUACUGGUUGCUAUGUAUUUCCAUAGCAACCAGCUCAGCUCCAUUAUUGAGUUGGUGUGUUCUACUUUGGGAAUGAAGAUUGCCAUCAAACCGAGCUCUUUAAGCAAGAUGAAGACCAUCUUUACACAGGAGAUCUUCACAGAACAGGUGGUUACAGCCCAUGCAGUGAGGGUCGCAGUGACCAACAACCUCAGUGCCAAUAUCACAGGAUUCCUACCAAUUCACUGUAUCUACCAGCUGCUUCGGAGCCGAGCCUUCACCAAGCACAAAGUGUCCAUCAAGGACUGGAUCUACCGUCAGCUUUGUGAGACAAACCCCCCCAUCCACACCCAGCUGAUUCCCCUUGUUGACGUUUACAUCAACUCAAUCCUCACCCCAGCAUCCAAGGCAAACCCUGAGGCUACAAACCAACCAAUAACAGAGCAAGAAAUCCUCCGCGUCUUCCAGGCUUCUUCUGGUCAAGGAGACAGUCGAGGAGGAAGACAACGCUACUCCAUCACCACCCAACUUCUCAUCCUCUACUACAUCCUAUCGUAUGAGGAGAACCUCCUGGCUAGCACCAAACAACUGGCUUUAAUGCAGAAAAAGCCGAAAUCAUAUUCUGCAGCACUGAUGGACCAGAUUCCCAUAAAGUACUUAGUUACCCAAGCCCAGGGGCUGCAACAGGAGCUUGGGGGCCUGCACUCUGCGCUGCUGAGGCUGCUGGCCAUCAACUAUCCUCACCUGUGUCUUGUGGAAGACUGGGUGUGUGAAGAGGAGGUGACGGGUACCCUGCCCCUGCUGAGGAAGAUGAUGCUCCCCAGCAACACCUGCAGAUACAGUCAGAGCCAGCUCCACCAGGCCUUCCAGAAGUUACCAUCCAGCAGUCCCAGGCUGAUGCGAAUCCUGGAGCAGUUGACACUUCUCACACCCGGAGACCUGAUCCCUUAUUCAGAAGCCCUCACUGCCAGCAUGGCUCUGCUGCUGGAACCUGCUGUGCCACGUCGCAUCCUGCAGACCCUCAACAAGCUUUGGAUGGGCCUCAACACUGUGAUGCCCCGCAGGCUUUGGGUGAUGACCGUCAAUGCACUUCAACCUUCAGCAACGUUGCUUGGCCAGCAGACAUACUCUCAGAACAACUUGAUGGUGGAUCCUCUCAUUGUGCUGCGCUGUGACCAAAGGGUCUACAGGUGUCCCCCUUUAAUGGACAUUGUUCUUCACAUGCUGAAUGGUUACCUGCUGGCUUCUAAAGCACACCUGCACAGCCACUUGAAGGAGACCGCAGACUUUGACCGACAAAGCCAGACGGUCUCGAACCUGGGUGUACCUGGACAGCCAGAUACACCGGAGGUCACCCGGGAGGAGCUGAAGAACGCUCUUUUAGCAGCACAGGAUAGUGCAGCAGUACAGAUCCUUCUGGAGGUGUGCUUGCCGACCUCAGAGGAGCAGCAGCUGGGAGCAAACUCAGAAAGUCUUCUGAGGAGCAUCAGAGGCGCCGUGCCAGCAAAAACGCCACACAGCCUGAAACUUAGAGCCAAGGAGUGUUUAAAGGAUGCUGACUCUGAGGGAGGAUUGCUCAGUGAUUUGAGGGAAGUUCAAUGUCUCAUCUGUUGUCUCCUACAUCAGAUGUUCAUUGCUGACCCCAAUAUUGCCAAACUGGUCCAUUUUCAGGGUUACCCUCAAGCUCUGCUGCCUCUCACAGUUGCAGGAAUUCCUUCCAUGCACAUUUGUCUAGACUUCAUCCCCGAACUGCUGGCUCAACCUCAACUGGAGAAGCAGAUUUUUGCCAUCCAGUUGUUGUCCUACUUGUGUACUCAGUAUGCGUUACCAAAAUCUCUCAGUGUGGCUCGACUGGCCAUCAGUGUGAUGGGGACUCUUCUCACAGUGUUGACUCGUGCCAAGCGCUUCGCCUUCUUCAUGCCCACACUGCCGUGCCUGGUAGCUUUCUGCCAGGCCUUCCCUCCACUCUAUGAAGACGUGACGUCGCUGCUUGUACAAGUUGGGCAAGUCUGUGCCUCCGACGUGGCCACUAAAGCCAGGGACAUCGACCCUCUCAUUGCUCGCUUACAGUAUCUGAAGGAGAAACCCCAUGACUGUUCAGCAGACGUCUGCACUAAACUUGCUUUACCGCAGAAGUCAGUAGUGGAAUUAGGCGGAGCUGAUCCAGAUGUGCAGAUCUGCUACUGUCUGGAAGCUACUUUUAUGGACAUAAUCAUAUCCACCCUGCAUGGACUAUAAGCAGAUGGACAUAAAGUACAAUUUACACUCCUUGGAGGACUCUGGAAAGCACAUACAUUUUUUAAUGGUACUUAAUGUUGUGUUCUCAUACACUGAAUAUCUACUAUACAGUAGAGGGGUCUCCCGAUCCGAUAUCAGCAAUAAAACCAGUAUGUGUUCA